UAUUUUCAGUACUUUGCGUUGCAGUAAGUACAGUUUGUGCUCACAAGUUUACAUGCCACGCAUGCAAUUUUGGGGAGCAAAUUAUUUUAAUUGUGCUGUUCUGGAAUGCGGGUCAUUUGAAUCGUUCAAAAAUAAAAUUGUUUUCAUGAUGGGAUCGUAUAUGACCACUCAUGAAAACAAUUCGACGAGAAUGGCUCACAUCUUACAAAUUGUGCCAGGGUUUGCAAACAAAUGAGCACAAUUAUACCUAAUACCGCUUUGAAAACUAAUCCAGAGCUGUGUUAGUUUUUAAGAUUAAAUAAACGAAAAAUAGGCCGCUUGCUACGUCCCAAUCACAGUGCGGAAAAAGUGUUGCUUUGAGUUUCAGUGGUUUGUUGGCAUAAAGUUAAUGCUGCAGUGGUCUCUGAGUUUUCCAGAGUUGUGUAAUACAAAGAACACUUUGGUAUAAACACUCUUAACCCAAAUAAGCAAUGUUCCCCAAUGAGCACCAUUUUUGACGUUAUUCAACUUUAAUGAGCAAUUUCUUAGACUGGAUUCAUUUUUUUGGGUUGUUUGAAAAACAUGCAGUAUUGCUCUGGUCUCACAGCGAACACCCCCCCCCCCCCCUCUCUGUUCUCUGUUUUUCUCCGUCACGCUGUCACGCCACAUAUUGGCUUUGGGAAGAAAGCUCUUCGUUUUGGGCAGGGUCGCCAUAUUUGCUGUUGUUAUCGCUGCGUUUAUGGCAGCUAGCCGCAGCGCAUUGGCGUUCAUAUAUGACAGUCAAAAGGGUCAUAAACCCCGGCGAGAGAGAGGCUGAAGUUUAUGGUUGUCCCUCUCUGCUGUCGUCCGGCCUCGCCUUGCGCGCAUCCCUUACCGCGCGCUGGAAUUCUGUGGCUAAUUACGGGACAUCCUCCCCGUUGCCGGGGCGACGCAGUCAUAAAAGCUGUCUGAGGGUCUGGAGCAUUUGUACAAUUGGAGCGCGCGGCAAUAAAGCGUCUGAGACCCAAGGUUAUUAACUGUGUUACCGAGGGGGAGCGAGCCCGCGCGACAGGAAGAGGAAGGAUAGGGGGAAAGCCCUUCUCGCUGCCCGUGCGGACUUCAUUUUUGGACAGGGUUCCCUCGCGUGGGUCGUCCACCUCCAAUCAGCGCGGACGGCCGACCGGACUCGACUUUACCACCGGGCGGCGCUAUUGGAACCAAUGUCACGGCCGUGGCGGCUUCACCCCCAAUGCGCGCAGGUGUCCUGGAGGAUGUCGAUCCUUGUGGAGCUAUAAUGGCGCAUAUGCAGCAGUGAUGGCCGCGCUCUCUUCGCCCUCAGCUCGGUGCUACGUAGGCUCCGAGUGGGCGGGACUUUGCCCCCUUUGCGAGCUUCCCAUUGGCCGCCCCGCGCGCACGCUAGAAUGAGGGGCGCUCCUAAUCAUAUCCAGCAUGUUUUGCACAAGAAAUGUCAGACAGAGGGGGCUACCUUUUCCCUUCGCCCAAAUACUCCACAAUAAUGUCAUGUUCGGACAGUCCGUCAGCGAAUGCCUUCUUAGUGGACUCGCUGAUCAGCGGGAGGGCUGAGAACUGUGGAGGUCACUACACGGGAAGCGCCGAAGUGCCUUACGGACUGCACAACUAUGGAUACUUCGCAGGCAUACCCAAGCGGGCUGACGCGGGGCCCCAAAAUAUGGUCAGUGCUCCGGGCGCGUACCUGUCCAGUAUGGAGAUGUGGAUGGACGCGCAGAGGUCAUGUCGCGUGGACCAAGAGCGCGCCGUGGCUCCUCAGGUCACGCCCUGCUCCUUCCCGCAAAGCAUUAAGGAAGAGAGCACCUACUGUCUCUAUGAGCAGUCCAAGUGCCCCAAAGAUUCUGCUGCCGAAGACCUGACAUAUUCGCGCUUAGCCCCGCUGAACGACGGCGGCGGAGGCACAGUUCCUAUGCCGUGCUAUUUCCGCUUGUCUCAGACCCACGCGCACCCUCAUAAACUUUACAACGCCGACGGCCCACAGCCGAACCCACCCUUCUCUCAUUUGGGCCCGCACUCCAGCGCCCCCGGCCGCUUCCACUCGCCCGCGCCCGCCUCGACGCAGGCUCCCGGCGCGCCGCAAAAAGGGAGCUGCGGGGACACCGAGGAGCGCGUGUCCGCGGGGAACACGGAGCGGCAGCCCCGCGCCGCACCCGGCACGGAAGAUCCACGCGAGUCCACGGAUGCAGAAGCCUCCUCGGCCGAGGACAGCGACGAGCGGGACAAGGAGAGGCCGGAGAAGGACCCCAAAGGCGACAACAAACGUGACAACGCGGCCAACUGGCUGACUGCAAAGAGCGGCCGGAAGAAGCGUUGCCCGUACACCAAGCACCAGACUCUGGAGCUGGAGAAGGAGUUCCUGUUCAACAUGUACCUGACUCGAGAGCGCCGCCUGGAGAUCAGUAAAAGCGUGCACCUGACUGACAGACAAGUCAAAAUUUGGUUCCAGAACCGCAGGAUGAAACUGAAGAAAAUGACGCGAGAAAACAGGAUCCGGGAGCUCACCUCCAACUACGGAUUUUCCUGAUGAACGAGGUGAAAAAAAAACAACAACAACAAACCCCAACACAUUAAAAAGGAAAAAAAAAAUAUUCGUCAAAUGACUGACCCCCCCACCCCCCCCCCCCCCCCUUUCGACUACGACCACCGCGCCCCAACACACCCACCCAUUUCACAUGUGGGCCACAGAAGCUUGAUUUCCACACACCCUCCAAUGUGACUCAAUGGAAACGUCGAAUGUUUUCGAGUGUUGUGUUUACGUAUCCGUCUCGUCUGUCGUAUUAUUGACUCGAUGGUAGUCAAAAUUUCACCCAUUGAGGAAAGAAAACCCACAACAAAACAAACAAAAACAAAAAACCCACACGCACUUCUUGUUUUCAGUCUAAUCGCUACGAAAAUAAUUGAGCUCAGUUUGCAUGGAAUCCUUUUAGAAUCACCACGUAAAUAAUAAAUAUAUGAAUAAUAAUCCACCUGUGACCAAGUUAGAUGUUUAGUCAGCAGGCCUCUUCUGUGUACCAGCUAAAUGUGUAGAUUGAGCAACAAUCUUUAGUGGCCUUUCCACGAAAAAAAUAUUCAUAAAUGCGAGGCACGUGUGCCCAUGUUUUUCAUUUGUAUAUAUAUAUAUAUUUUUUGUGUACAUACCGACAUUGUUUUUGUGUCAUGCUGAAUAAAUUAUCGCUCUGUCGCAUUA